AUGAGCAGUCAAGUUUUAUUGGACCCCGUUCCGCUUUCAAUAUUAUCGAUACCUCGAGAUAAAGUGUGGCUUUUCAAUUCACCUAUCCUCCAGUUACUUCACGGAGAAGCUAAAAAUGUACCAGAAUACUCCUCAGAUCUGGAACAAGAACUUCCAUAUCUGGAUUCCGAUGACGAAGACUCAACCUAUGAAAGUGAUGAUUCAGUCAAUGAAUUAGAUCCUAUGGCUUCCAGCCAUUUUUCGUCUAACUCCGGAAUCAAAAGAAACAGUCUUUCAAGAGUCCUUUCCGAAUCGAAGGUGGACAACUCAAGCAAACAUGAUGUUGCAAGCGCAUCUUCAGGAAGUGGUACAGAUCUUGCUUCUUUAAACAAAUCUUCGAGUCAUCAUGACUCUGAAGAAGAACAAGAUGACCACUUUUUCCAUAUUGCAUUUACUCCGACAGAAUGCACCGUGAUCUGCUCUACUCACAAAUUCGAUGUGCUUUUCAAUGAAGCUCUAAAAACAGCUCAUCAAUUAGAGUACAAUGAUGUUAUCGUACUUGAUGAACCGUAUCUCAAUUUGCAAGUGGACAGCGAGGGCGAUUUCAACAACUCUGCAAGAAUAUUGGAAUUGACUAGACCACUUUCCGAACAUAAGAUCACUUUGUUUUUUCUUUCUAGUCAUUAUACAGACAUUGUUCUAAUUCCAUUCCGUUACAAAAAGCAAGUGAUGAACAUCUUAUCAAAUCACAAAUUCCAGUUUUCAGAAGUGUCUAGAAGCUAUAUUGCAGAAAAUAUGAAUCUGCCUGAACCUACUGAAGAAGAUAAUGCACUCCGUGGUUUCACAGCUCACGACCUCGAAAGCAAUACAUUGAAGCUUUUCAAGGAAGCGGGUAUCAGCUCAGUAAUCAACAGAAAAGUCAAGCUUCUUUUAACAAGUGCUCGCCGUGGUAAAACGAAAAGAAGUAUCCUAAAAGCAGCUCAAUGCAUCGCUAGUAACGAAGUUCCAACUUAUUUUGCAAUCACAAGAAUAUCUAAUACCAGUGUGUCCCUCAUUCUACCAGGGUCGAGAAGAGAAAGGGCGCGUAUGGGAUUUGACUACAAAAGUAUAAUCGGCUCAUCCCAAGAAACUAUAAUUCCCAUCACUAUUGACUUGACAAAGCUUCCACUAGACUCAACAGGAAUAGUAGCUGGUGUGGCCAGUCGUCUUCUCACAAGCAUGAAAUCAGUUCCAGAUGUCAUCAGUAGUACUUUUGAAAUGAACUACCUCUCGAUGGCGCGAUCGGCCAUCAUAUUGAUUCCAAAGGAAAAUGUUAAGAUUGUGACAAAAAUGCUUGAGCAAAUGAAAGAUGGAACUAGCGACAGCGUUGUUGACAAAUUAUCACAAUUCGAAAUUUGA